CAUUGUGUGAAAAUAAUAAAAUAUAGAAAAGAUCAGAAUUUGGCGUCUCGGGGCAUAAUUUACAUUUCGAUUCAUGUUGCAUUUAUAACCGAAUAAGGCAGCUUACAUUAUUAUUUACUGUAUUGUUUAUAUUAUGUAGUAUGAUGUUGUUGUUGUAGUUGUACAGUCAUGAAUACAGGUCGGUUUGUAGCGUUUUUAAUUAGGAAUAUAACAACAUUUAACGCCGUUAUUUGUAUGUCAUUUUGCAGGCCAAACCGAUUAUUGUUGCAUAAUUGUAAUACGAAGCACUGACUUUAAUUUCUGUUUUACAGCCCGCUAUAAUGCCAGAAACGUGUCAAACGCUGAAAUUAUGCGCGUUGCGAACAAAUAUUUAUAAACAAGCAAGUAAAAACGAAAAACAUUGUAAGUAUUGGAUGCUCGUGCCUUUGAUGGUCAUAUUUGUGACGCUAAAGAAUGGAUGUAAUUAGACGUGCAAGAGAAAUACAGUGGCGCACGCGCACUCGGAGGCCCUGCUUGCCUGAUAUUAAGUCUUGUUUACCUUCAGCAAAAAAAGCACCUGUCUACUUGCAACCUUCCCGUCUCCUUUGGUUUUCUACCACUUCACUAGAGCCACUCGUUUGCUUUGAAUCCUCCUGGUCAUACUGACCUUGGCUCAGAACAGUGAGAUCACAGUAGUUUCCCAGCCAACAAAAGAAAAUCACCAUGAAGACCUCUGACAUUUUCCUUCUGCCUGCUGUGCUCCUCAUGUACCUCUUCAACUGCUGUCUUGCACAGAGUGAAUCUGACCUCGUAGUAGCAACAAGGUUGGGCCGUGUGCAGGGUGUACGCUUGCCUGUUCCAGACCGGAAUAAUGUGAUUGCUUUCUUGGGCAUCCCAUAUGCUGAACCUCCACUGGGGAAGAGACGUUUCAAGAAAGCAGAGCCCAAAAAGCCCUGGAAUGGUGUCUUUGAGGCUAAAGACUACCCAAAUGCCUGCUUUCAGUUCGUAGACACCUCUUACCCAGGCUUUCCAGGUAUCGAGAUGUGGAACCCCAACAGAAUGAUGAGCGAAGACUGCCUGUACCUUAAUGUGUGGGUACCUCCUGCCCCUAGGCCACAGAGCCUCACAGUAAUGGUCUGGAUAUACGGUGGCGGCUUCUAUAGUGGCUCCUCCUCUCUCGACGUCUAUGAUGGUCGGUACUUGGCAUACUCUGAAAAGGUAGUGGUUGUGUCUAUGAACUAUCGUGUUGGAGCUUUUGGAUUCCUUGCCCUCAAUGGCUCAUCAGAAGCACCAGGGAAUGUGGGUCUCCUUGACCAGAGGAUGGCCCUACAAUGGGUCCAAGAAAACAUCCACUUCUUCGGCGGUAACCCAAAACAGGUCACCAUUUUUGGAGAAAGUGCUGGGGGAGCAUCAGUUGGCAUGCAUGUUCUGUCACCAGACAGCCGCCCGUUCUUCACACGUGCCAUAAUGCAGAGCGGUGUUCCUAAUACCCCCUGGGCUACUGUUAGCUUUGAUGAGGCCCGUCGGAGGGCCACCUCUUUAGGCAAACUCGUUGGCUGCAGUGAGGGUAACGACACUGAGCUGGUUGACUGUCUGAGAAACAAAGAGCCACAGGAACUAAUUGAUCAGGAGUGGCAAGUGCUCCCCUACAGCAGCUUGUUCCGCUUUUCCUUUGUCCCUGUCAUAGAUGGCAUUUUCCUUCCCGACACCCCAGAUGCCAUGCUUAGCUCAGGGAACUUUAAAUACACUCAGAUCUUGAUGGGUGUAAAUCAAAAUGAGGGAUCUUACUUCUUGCUUUACGGUGCACCAGGAUUCAGUAAAGACAAUGAGAGUUUGAUAUCUCGAGAAGACUUCCUUGAAGGUGUGAAGAUGGGCGUUCCUCAUGCUAAUGAGAUUGGCUUGGAGGCAGUUCUCCUUCAGUACACUGACUGGAUGGAUGAGAACAACCCCCAGAAGAAUCGAGAUGCCAUGGACGAUAUUGUAGGAGAUCAAAAUGUCAUCUGUCCUCUGCAGCACUUUGCGAAGUCUUAUGCCCAGCACGCUGCCCUCCAUGCUGCAGCUCCAGGGACACCAGGCUGGGGAAGCUCAGGAUCAGUAGGCUACAACAGUGGCAACUCGCAUGGUGCUGUGUACCUUUACCUGUUUGACCAUCGAGCCUCAAAUCUGGCCUGGCCUGAGUGGAUGGGCGUAAUCCAUGGUUAUGAAAUUGAGUUUGUGUUUGGCCUGCCAUUAGAAAAACGACUCAAUUACACAGCAGAGGAAGAGAAACUCAGUCGACGAAUAAUGAGAUACUGGGCCAACUUCGCUCGCACUGGUAAUCCCAACAUUAACACAGAUGGCUCCUUAGACACUCGAAAGCCGAAGCAGUGGCCUCAAUUUACAUCUACUGAGCAAAAGCAUGUGGGCUUGAACACAGAGCCACUAAAGGUCCACAAAGGUCUAAGAACACAGGUUUGUGCUCUGUGGAACCGCUUCCUGCCUCGCCUGCUUAACAUUACAGACAACAUUGAUGAUGUUGAACGACAGUGGAAAGUGGAGUUCAAUCGCUGGAGCUCUUACAUGAUGCACUGGAAGAGCCAGUUCGACCAUUACAGCAAGCAGGAGCGCUGCACAGACCUCUAGAUAAAUCUGAUGUAAAUGUAAGAAAAUGCAGAUCAAAGAAAGGGAAAACUGAUGACCAUAACCCUUAAUAGUCUCUUUACAGAACAGCAAAGGUUGCCAAAUCUUUUUCGUUGAUUACUGUCUGAGUAGGCAUGAGAAUGAAUUUGUGAAUGUUGCACUUUAGUGCAGAGUUUUAUUCCUCCCUGUAUAGAAUAUUAUACUUAUCACUCAAUUAUAUUAUGUGACAUAUACAUAUAUAUAUAUAUAUAUAUAUAUAUAUAAAGGAGAGGAGGUGAAUUGAAGCUGCUAUUAGAGAUUAUCAAGUGCUACGGUCAUCAAAUGUAUGUUAUCAGAAAAAAUGUUAUAGAUAUAUAUUACCUCUGAACAGUGAGCGUGCAUGUCCGUUCCACUGAAACCUAGAAACCCUCAUUUACACUGGUCCUCAGGAUCCCACUUUUUUUUAUAUAAUUUUCUUGUAUUUAUCCUGUGUUCUUAUUGGCUUAAAUUAUACUGGCUGAUUCACCAUACAUUUAUCUCCAUACUGUAUCUACCACAUCUACUCAGUAUUUCAUGUGCUGCUUUAUCCCUUAUCGUGUGAAUUUGUCUGCUGUCUCCGCUUUCUGACUGUGGUCCAAUUCAAUAUACUAAUACUUCAUGCAAGAAUCAGGAGCCAUUUAAUUUCAUGUAUGUCUAACUGAACGGAAAUGUUUCUGCGUGGGUGAGUCUGUGUGUGUUAAUGUACUAAUAUUUAAAACCUAUUUUUAUUUCAGUGCAUGUGUUCUAGUGCACACAGCAUGACUCUUCCUGUGUGUGUGUGUAUGAGAGAGAAACUCUGUUGUUUACCAUAUACCAACUACAUAGGUCAGUAUAAAUGUCUGUAUGUAGAAUACAGCUCAUCUAUUUCACCUCUUCUUAGUUCAAAUUUCAUACGGGCAUUGUAUGUUUGAGUGUUUUAUCUUUGAUGGAGGAAGAGGGCUUUGGUGAGUAAGACUAAUGUUGUCUGUGUGCCAAAGGGUCAAUAUCAUUUUUCCCCCUUGCUGUCUCCCUCUCUUGAUGGGAAAGGCUUCUCAUUACGAUAAUGGAGGGAGAGUAAUUUACUUAGUGCUCAUUUGAAAUGACAGCCCGCUGUGUCAGCCAUCUUAACUCCAGCCCUUUUGAUGCAGUGGGAGGAUGAUGAAGGAAAACACAGGCAAAGGGAAGCUGUAAGGAAAAGCAAGAAUACAGGGUUACAACAGCCACUCUUUUGACAUGUUCUAUAUUUAUUGUAAUAUUUGGUGUAUUUUUUAUUUAAGUAAAUUAUUUGCAUGACUACAUCAAGUAUCAAAAGAACUAAACAUUUUUAGUUAGCUUAAAAAAGAGCAGAUGUUUUAUUUUGUGUGUGUGUGUGUAUUUAUUAAGAGUGUGGAAUUACAUACAUAUAUUUGCAUUUUGCCUGUGAAUCUGGAUCAAACAUUAUUUUGUGUGAAUGCAUCAUGGUCAAUCAUAAUACACACUGUCAUAUACAUGUGAA